AUGUCGAGCCCCGGUUCAUCUGGAUGUUUGGGAAGCUCUCCCGAACAGCGAAUCAAUCCUUUCCCAGCUGAUCAUCCAGCAAAUCUUGAAGACGUUUCACUGCUUGAUCGUGUCACUCGAGAAACAGUCCCAUUCUUCGAUUUACCACAUCGUUCAGUGUCAAAUGUGACCGUUGUGCCGGCAAUGGAAGUUGAAUGGCAUGAUGUGACAGCAACCAUAAAUGAUGGUCCAAGUUCUUCUUCAAAAGCCGAGAAUGGUGCUAAACAAAAGCUUUUAGAUAACGUAUUCGGAGUGGCUCGCCCUGGAGAAGUGCUGGCGAUCAUUGGAAGCUCAGGAGCUGGGAAAACAACCCUACUCAACGCACUUUCUCAAACAGAUAUUCGACAAUUACGCUUGCAAGGCCAAAUAAAGGUCAAUAACUUGCAAGUUGAUCAUGAGUAUAUGCGCAAAAUCAGUGCCUAUGUGCAACAGCAGGAUCUUUUCAUCGGCUCAUUGACUGUUUCAGAACAUCUUACAUUUGUGGCUCGUCUUCGAAUGGGAAAGAAACACAAUAAAGCCGAUCAAAAGCGUCGAGUGAAAACUGUUAUACGAGAGUUGGGUCUUCAAACUGUCGCCGAUUCAAUCAUUGGAACAAGAACGCGAAAAGGAAUUUCUGGUGGUGAAAAGAAGAGACUCGCCUUCGCACAAGAGAUCUUAACAAGUCCACCGAUUUUGUUCUGUGACGAGCCAACUUCGGGACUCGACGCUUUCCUUGCACUUCAAGUCAUUAAACCGAGCAGUCAAGCAUUUGAACUCAUCAAUAGAAUAUAUGUUUUGGCUGAGGGUCGUGUGGCGUUUUGCGGGACGCAAGCAGAAGCGAUUGAGUCUUGGAUUCAUUUUGGUCAACCAGUGCCUUUAAACUAUAAUCCAUCGGAUCACAUCAUUCGAACUCUUUCCGUGAUGCCCGGUCGAUCCGAAGCCACUCAAAGAAGCAAUGUUGUGCAAAUGUGUGACAAGUUUGCGGCAAGCACGAUUGGAAAACAAGUUUUAUUAGCGGCAAGGGGUGGCGAAGAUGAUAAAGAUUCACCAUUGGAAAAAGCGAAUCGAAAACGAAGAGAGAAACGAUCCGGUGGUAAAUAUCAAAGCAGCUACUGGCAACAGUUGUCGAUGUUGUGUUGGCGGCAAAUGGCGACCAGUCUUCGAGAACCAACUCUACUCAAAGUGCAAAUAAUGCACUCAAUUGUGAUUGCGAUUCUAACGGGCUUGGUUUUCGCCGGUACACCGCUACUUCAAUCCACUGUUGUCACCAUCAAUGGAGCGCUCUUUCAAUGUGUCACCAAUAUGAGCUUUAUGUUUCAAUUCAGCGCUGUGCACCAUUUCCAAUCCGAGAUCCCGGUCUUCAUGAGGGAGCAAAGGAAUGCACUUUAUCGUACUAGUCCCUAUUUCUUGGCAAAGAACAUAAUAGAGAUUCCGACUUUUGUUUUUUUAUCAAUGCUUUUCUGUUCAAUUCUUUAUUGGAUGUCUUCUUUGGUUAUUCAAGUUGACGCAUUUUUUAUCUAUUGCCUUGUCGCGGCACUCGUUCAACAAUCAGCCAUUUCCGUCGGCUAUUUCUUCUCCUGUGCGGUUCCUAAACUACCAGUGGCGAUGGCUUUAAUGCCGCUCUUUGUUGUACCAAUGAUGACAUUUGCUGGCUUCUAUAUUAAUCAAGCAACACUACCCGUUUACUUCUAUCCACUCAAAUACCUAUCCUGGUUCAACUACGGAUUUGAAGCUCUUUCCGUCAAUCAAUGGUCUCGAAUCGAUUCGAUUCCAGGUUGCGAAUCGACAAGUUGUCGCUAUCCAAACGGAACGGCUGUGCUUGAUUCGCUUUCAUUCGCUCCUUCAAAUCUCUGGAGAAAUAUCCUCUUCCUCGUCGCUCUUGUUUUCACAAUUCGUCUUUUUGCUUUCAUUGCUCUUUACAUUAGAGUUCGACGUAACAAA